AUGAAGCUGUUUUCCUUGAUUGCCGGCGCAUCUGCUUCCUAUUACACCACUGAUAAUUAUGACUCCACUACUGUCACUGGAAUUUACUCUACCGGGACAACUCCAUCCUAUUCCACAAACGAAUUCACUACUAACGCAAACCGAUUCGACGUUGAGUAUGCUCAAGGUUGUGUAUAUGAUUACGUCAAGGUCGUUGCCAACGGUCAAGAGAGAAACUUCUGUGGCGAAUACUCCGAUCAACGACGAGAGAAACAAAAAGGCAUAAAAGAGGGCGGCAAAAUGACUCCUGAUCUCGUCAACGUUAAGGACGACGGAUUUGAAGAUCUAUUUGUCCUAGGAGGUCAAGCAACUGUCAGUUUCACCUCUGAUCAUCUCUUCCGCUUUUCCGGCUUUGAAUUCGAGCUCGUUGAAGCUGACCGACUUGACAUCAUCGAAUACCACUUUGGCAGAAUCGCCGCAUCCCUCCCAGAAGACGCAUCUUGGACUGAGCGAUACGUCAACCGAUUCUACAAAGUCUUUAACAAGGUUGUCGACGCUGACAACGGCGAAAACUGCUACGAAGACAACGGCUUCGGCUCCGAAGACUCCGCCGACGACGUGCAAGUCUUCGAUGAGAGCGACUUCUGCAAGCUCAAUGGCCAAGUCAACGCCGCUCUCAACAGCUGGGCGCGAAACAACGCUUGCGAAGGACGAGGCAAAGUCCACCGACAGGUCAUCCGAGCAGCUCGAAAAGUCCGAAACUUCUACAACGACAAGAUGGGCUGCUAA